UGUUUCAGCCACCAUUAAAUGCAAACCCACCCUCUCAAUACGCUCUGCAAUUACUCCUCUUUCCCCCACUUUUCUUCCUCUCCGCACCCACUUUGUCCUUCUAUUUUCCUGGGCAUCAACAGUCCACUCCCUCCUCCAACUCCAUAUCUCUCAAAAUUAACCAAAAAAAAAAAACCCCUUUUUCUCGUUUUGUUUCGUGAAUUCCCAUUUUGGUGAUUUGGGUAUUGAAGAAAGCGAGCUAAAAAAUGCCAGCCGGAAUGAUGAUUCCAGCGAGAAACACGGCGCCGAUGAUCGGAAGGAAUGGAAGUGUUGGGAUUUUUGGGUCUCCGGCGAGUCUUCUUCUUGGUCAGGGGAGUAUAAUGGAGGGAGGAGGGCAGGUAGAGGGAGUGGAGUUUUCAGAGAGCGAUUUUGGGAGGAUGAGAGAAGGAGAGGAGUUUGAGAGUGCAACAAAAUCAAGCAGCGAGAACCAGGAGGUGGGUUCUGGUGAUGACCUUGACCAUCAACGACCCAAAAAGAAGCGUUACCACCGCCAUACUCAGAACCAGAUCCAACAAAUGGAGGCGUUCUUCAAGGAAUGUCCUCACCCAGAUGAUAAGCAGAGGAAGGAGCUGAGUAGGGAGUUGGGUUUGGAGCCGUUGCAAGUCAAGUUUUGGUUCCAAAACAAGAGAACUCAGAUGAAGACCCAUCAUGAGCGACAUGAGAACACCCAGCUUCGAACAGAAAAUGAGAAGCUUCGAGCUGAUAAUAUGAGGUACAGAGAAGCCCUCGGUAAUGCUACGUGUCCUAAUUGUGGAGGCCCCACCGCCAUUGGAGAGAUGUCCUUUGACGAACAUCAUCUCAGGCUUGAAAACGCCCGCUUGAGAGAAGAGAUCGAUCGCAUCUCAGCCAUAGCAGCAAAAUACGUAGGAAAACCAGUAUCGAGCUACCCGCUUCUUUCCACACCAAUGGCAUCAAGUCCUCUAGAACUUGGAAUUGGAAGCUAUGGCGGCCACAAUUCAGGCCUCGGAGCUGGUGGUGGGGACAUGUACGGGGCGGUGGACCUUCUGAGGACUAUAAGCGCGCCAUCGGAGGCUGACAAGCCCAUAAUCAUCGAGCUUGCAGUUGCAGCCAUGGAGGAGCUGGUUCGAAUGGCUCAGAUGGGUGAGCCCUUGUGGAUGACUGCACUCGAUGGCUCCACGGCUGUACUUAACGAAGAUGAAUACGUUAGAACCUUCCCUAGAGGAAUUGGACCUAAGCCCUCUGGGUUUAGCUGUGAAGCUUCUCGUGCCACUGCUGUUGUCAUUAUGAACCAUAUUAGCCUCGUUGAGAUGCUCAUGGAUGUGAAUCAGUGGUCAACCGUAUUCAGUGGGAUUGUGUCAAGAGCUAUGACAUUAGAAGUUUUGUCAACCGGCGUUGCCGGAAACUACAACGGAGCAUUACAAGUGAUGACAUCGGAAUUGCAAGUGCCUUCGCCACUCGUUCCGACUCGGGAGAGCUAUUUCGUUCGGUACUGUAAACAGCACGGCGAGGGAACUUGGGCUGUGGUCGACGUUUCCUUGGACAAUUUACGCCCGACUCCGGCGCUUAGAUGCAGGAGAAGGCCAUCCGGUUGUUUAAUCCAAGACAUGCCCAAUGGAUAUUCUAAGGUUACGUGGGUUGAGCAUGUUGAGGUGGAUGAUCGCGGGGUGCACAGUUUGUACAACCAGCUGGUUAGGUCUGGCCAUGCGUUCGGCGCUAAGCGUUGGAUUGCGACGUUGGAUCGUCAGUGUGAAAGGUUGGCCAGCGCUAUGGCUACAAGUAUUCCUACCGGUGAUGCUGGUGUGAUAACCAAUCAAGAAGGAAGAAAGAGCAUGUUGAAGCUAGCAGAGAGAAUGGUGAUGAGCUUUUGCGGUGGAGUGAGCGCGUCCACCACACACACAUGGACAACUCUGUCGGGAACUGGAGCGGAUGAUGUUCGAGUUAUGACUAGAAAGAGUAUUGACGAUCCCGGCAGACCACCUGGCAUUGUCCUCAGCGCCGCCACUUCAUUUUGGCUUCCUGUUCCUCCCAAAAGAGUGUUUGAUUUUCUCAGAGAUGAAAAUUCUCGUAAUGAGUGGGAUAUUCUUUCGAACGGUGGAAUUGUGCAAGAAAUGGCUCACAUUGCCAACGGCCGCGACACGGGAAACUGUGUUUCAUUGCUACGAGUAAACAGUGCAAAUUCAAGCCAAAGCAACAUGUUGAUAUUACAAGAGAGCAGCACAGAUGAAACAGCGUCGUUUGUGGUGUAUGCGCCGGUGGACAUUGUGGCCAUCAACGUGGUGCUAAACGGUGGAGAUCCCGAUUAUGUCGCGCUUCUCCCGUCUGGAUUUGCCAUUCUUCCCGACGGAAGCACCACGUCGGACGGCGGCGCUAAUGGCGUGGCGGAACAUGGGUCCGGCGGGUCGCUUUUAACAGUUGCAUUUCAGAUUUUGGUGGACUCGGUUCCGACAGCUAAACUUUCUCUUGGGUCAGUCGCAACAGUCAACAAUCUGAUUGCCUGUACCGUUGAGAGGAUCAAAGCCUCUUUGUCAUGCGAGAAUCAGUGAGCCCUCGCCCUCACCCUCAACUCGAUGGGGUUUGAAUGAAUUGAAUUUGCAGAGAGGGAAUAAGUCAAGAACGCACCUCGAAGAAGAAGAAGAAGGAUGGAGAUUUAAUGGUGGGGGUUCGGGUAUUGACUUUGUCCAUUAUCAUUAUUGUUUGUGUAGCUAAGCUUGUGGGCAUUAUUUUAGGGUUCUUAAGAGUUGAACUUGUUUAUAGCAUAAUCCUGUGGUGUCUUUGUUU